AUGGCGAAAGGCAGCAUUUCGAAAGGGAAGAAGGGCCCUUCAAUACAUUCCCGUGCAGCUCGGCGUGCAACCUCACCAGGCAUCGAUACGGACAAGUCCCUUAAAAAUGUCCGCCCACCCCAAGACUCCGUGGACCGACGGCCCGCCGUCCUCGCGGCGCACCACGCAAGCGGCGUGACCAAAAAGGCAAAGACGAACCGAAAAGCAGUCAUGAGCUCCAAGGCACGGCGACGGCACGAGAAGAGCCUGGACCGAGCCGAGGCCGUCAUGGACCGGACAGCGGUGAAGGUGCAGAAGAGCAAGGGAAAGGCCAAGAUCAUUAGCUCGCGGAAAAAGGCGUGGGAAGAGAUCAAUGAACAGGUGCAGGGUCUGGAGGGAAAGCCUAAGCUUAGCAAGAAGGCUAGGACCAAGGCCGAAGAGGACGCCAUGGUGGCGGCAUUCUACGCUGAUGAUGAUGGAGACGAGCAAAUGGAGGAAGCCGGUCAUGACACCGAAUCGCAUGGCAAUGAUGCGGAAGCUGUACCCCCAGCUGUACAACCGGUAUCAAUACCGACCGCCCCGCCUCCAGCUGAAGACGAGGAAGAGAUACUGUAG